ACCCCAGCACAGCCGGACUUCCUCCUCCCAGCGUUCGCGGCCUCACUCUCGCCGAGCGCCAAAUCCGCCACCAGCGGGGCGGGUGGAGGCGUGGCCUCUUCCCUCCGGGGUCGGCGCUUGGUCGGCGUCCGCGUCAGCUUAAGCCCAGCGCGGUGACGCAGUACGUCGACGUAAGUGACGCGCAGGCCCGGGCCGCUCCUCCUUCACUGAAGCAAUCCGACGGCCAUGGAGGCCGAAGAGACGAUGGAAUGCCUUCAGGAGUUCCCGGAACAUCAUAAAAUGAUCCUGGACCGAUUGAAUGAACAGCGAGAACAGGAUCGGUUUACUGACAUCACCCUGAUUGUCGACGGACACCAUUUUAAGGCCCACAAAGCUGUUUUGGCUGCUUGCAGUAAGUUCUUCUACAAAUUCUUUCAGGAGUUUACUCAGGAACCUUUGGUGGAGAUAGAAGGUGUUAGUAAAAUGGCCUUCCGUCAUUUAAUUGAGUUCACAUAUACAGCAAAAUUAAUGAUACAAGGAGAAGAAGAAGCCAAUGAUGUAUGGAAAGCAGCAGAGUUUCUACAAAUGCUAGAAGCUAUCAAAGCCCUUGAAGUCAGGAACAAAGAAAACUCGGCUCCACUAGAGGAAAAUACCACAGGAAAAAGUGAAGCAAAAAAAAGAAAGAUUGCAGAAACUUCAAAUGUUAUCACGGAGUCAUUGCCAUCUGCAGAGUCGGAACCUGUUGAAAUUGAGGUGGAGAUUGCCGAAGGCACGAUCGAAGUAGAAGAUGAAGGCAUCGAAACAUUGGAGGAGGUGGCUUCUGCCAAGCAGUCCAUAAAGUACAUUCAGAGCACAGGUUCCUCUGAUGAUUCUGCCCUCGCACUGUUGGCAGAUAUUACCAGCAAGUACCGACAAGGUGAUAGGAAAGGGCAGAUCAAAGAAGAAGAUGGUUGUGCCUCUGACCCCACAAGCAAACAGGUAGAAAGUAUUGAAAUUGUGGAACUUCAGCUGUCACAUGUGAAGGACUUGUUCCAUUGUGAGAAAUGUAACCGUUCAUUUAAAUUGUUUUACCAUUUUAAGGAACACAUGAAAUCACACUCCACUGAGAGUUUCAAGUGUGAAAUAUGCAAUAAAAGGUAUCUUCGGGAGAGCGCAUGGAAACAGCACCUCAACUGUUACCACCUCGAAGAAGGUGGAGUCAGUAAGAAGCAAAGAACUGGGAAAAAAAUUCACAUAUGUCAAUACUGUGAAAAACAGUUUGACCACUUUGGACAUUUUAAAGAGCAUCUUCGAAAACAUACAGGUGAAAAACCUUUUGAAUGUCCAAAUUGUCAUGAAAGAUUUGCUAGAAAUAGCACCCUCAAAUGUCACCUGACUGCGUGCCAAACUGGAGUGGGGGCAAAAAAGGGAAGAAAGAAGCUUUAUGAAUGUCAGGUCUGUAACAGUGUGUUUAACAGCUGGGACCAGUUUAAAGAUCAUUUGGUAAUACACACUGGAGAUAAACCCAACCAUUGUACUUUAUGUGACUUGUGGUUUAUGCAAGGAAAUGAAUUAAGGAGGCAUCUCAGUGAUACUCACAAUAUUUCAGAGCGUCUGGUAACCGAAGAAGUUCUUUCAGUAGAAACACGUGUGCAAACUGAACCUGUAACCUCAAUGACUAUUAUAGAACAAGUGGGGAAGGUGCAUGUGUUACCAUUGCUUCAAGUACAAGUGGAUUCAGCACAAGUGACUGUGGAACAGGUCCAUCCAGAUCUGCUCCAGGACAGCCAAGUACAUGAUUCACAUAUGAGUGAGCUUCCAGAGCAGGUCCAGGUGAGUUAUCUGGAAGUGGGUCGAAUUCAGACUGAAGAAGGCACUGAAGUACAUGUGGAGGAGCUGCAUGUUGAACGGGUAAAUCAGAUGCCAGUGGAAGUACAAACUGAACUUCUAGAAGCCGACUUGGAACAAGUGACCCCUGAAAUCCUAAACCAGGAGGAGAGAGAGCCCACCCAAGCAGAUGCUGCUGACGCUGCCAGAGAAGAUCACGAAGAUGCUAGUUUAGAGACCAGAACAGCAGUGGAUUCCCAGGCUGAAAGGGCAGGGAAUGAAAACAGAACACCUAUGCCUGUUUUAGAAUGAAAUAACGAAUAUAUUUUUAAAUUAA